AUGAAAUGUAACAACACGAUAGGUAAGAAAAGAAGGUAUACAGUCAAGCCAAAUCAUUUAAACACAUUAACCAAAAAGAGGUUCUCAUACUGUUAUAACGACCAUAUUGAUAAUGAUAAAGGAAUGGUAUAUCAAAAAAAGAUAAAUCAAGAUUUACAUAAAAUGAAUUCAUCAAAAAGGAUUAAUAGAUGUGCUAAUGGGAAGAACAAGGAAAUAGAAGAAAUACAAUUUUUUAAAAGACCCAUAGGAAGUAAUACUGCAAUAAAAGAAAACGCAUAUUAUAAUAGAGAUGAAGAUAUUAUUAGAUAUAAAGAAAAGUACAUGUGUGAAAAUGAUGAUGCAAAUAAUGAUAAUGGUAUCUGUGAUGGCAAUGAUGACAGUGGCAAAAAUUUAUCCUACAAACAAAUUUAUUAUAAAUACAGUAAUUACGAUCCAUGUAACGACCAUUUGAAACACUCAUAUAAUACAAAUAGUGUGCACAGUACAAAUGGAUGUUACGUGGUGAAAAGUGUUCACAUGAUGGACGGUAAACAUAUAGACAAUAAUGAUAAUAACAGUUACAAUGGGAAUGAAUGUAGAAGUAAUAAAUAUAAAGGAACGAAUUCUAAUCCCUUUUUCAGUGUUGUGAACGGGGCUCAGUCUCUGAAGGAAAACAGUAUGAACAGUACGCGGAUAAAUGCAUCUGAUGUUAGGGGGAGUGAUGUGCACAAUAAUAAUAGGAGUAGUAACAGUUUUAUUGGCAAUAGCAUCGAUAAGAAUAGUGAUAAGCAUAACCCAGUUGAGGUGAACUGUUCAGAACCCAAUAACAACGUAAAGGGGGAGGAUUAUAUAUUGCAGGAUAGCAGAAACGACAAUUUGUAUUUUUUUGAAAAUGAAGAAUAUGAACUAGUUAGGAAAAAUAUUGAGGAAAGUAGAAAUAUUGAGGAAAGUAGAAAUCGAGCUGACGAUUUAUCACAUCUAGUUGAUAAAACAAUGGAGGAUGGUAUACGAAAGAAUAAUGAUCAUUUGAAAAAAAUAGAAGGGGGAUGUACAACAAAUGACAAAGUAAAUUAUGCAAUGGAUAACGGUAGUUAUAAAGACGGUUGUAAUGGAAACCAUAAUGAGGAUGAUUAUUAUAAUUAUGUACAAAAUAAUGAGGAAAGAGAACUUAAUUAUGAGCAUAACAUGAAUAAUCUCCUUAAUUAUAAUUACGGUGGUGUUUAUAAUGAAAAUUGUUCACUGCCAAAAAGUUAUAAGAAUGACUCGGGGAAGUAUAACAAUUAUAACUGUAUUUAUGAAAAUUAUAAUAGCAAGUACGGACAGAGUUAUGCUAAAGGUAUUGAGGGGAAUGAUGAUCCUAAGCAUGAAGCAUACAAACGAAUUUCCCCAUUAAGGCGUAAUACAGCAAAUAGAACUACUGAUGAAAAUAUGAUGUGUAAUGAGUGGGAGAGAGAUGAUUUAUCUUUUCAUUGCCAGCCAUAUGAAGCAGUUAGUAAUGAGAGAAAGGUAAAAGGAAGUUUAGGUAUACACGCAGAUAACAGUUGGAAUUAUCGCCCUAACAGGCCUAAUCAGACAAAUCAGCAUCAUAAUAGGCCAUAUCAGCCUAAUCUACCUUACCUUCAUCGGCAUUCCUAUGAGCAUAAAACGAAACAGGGAAACUACAACAGGGACUCAAGAAGACACAGUAAAUAUGACAGAGACUCAGAAAGGUGCAUAUCCAAUUUUGAAGCAAGCGAUGGGACUGGAAAUAGGAAUGGAAAUGGACAUAGAGAUAGAGAAAAUAAAACAAGAAGAAAGGAUAACAGAAUAGGGGGUAAAUAUCGAAAUGGUUAUGUAAAUUAUAGGCAUGGAAACAGUAUGUAUUAUAAAGAGGCAGACAGUAACUGUAAUGGUAGUAGCACUAUCCACAGGAGCAGCUGCUAUGAUAAUAAUAGCAAGAGGGAUAUUCAAAGGAAUGCCCUUCACAGGGGCAGUAGUGCAUGUUCACCGAGAGCGAACAAUGCUCCAUUUGCAAACAUUGAAGGGGAUGAUGUUUGCGAAUCAGAUCCCCCUCAUUUGGUAGAUGAACAUAUAAAGGAAAAUAAAAAUUGUUUAGUUAGAAAGAAAAUAUUGUUGACUGAAGAUAUUAGAAAUAAUGCUCAAAAGAAUAUAGAGAGAUUGUCGAUUUACAAAUUGAGAGAAGAUAUCUUAAGGAUGGUAGAAGCAAAUGACAUUACGUUUAUUCAUGGUGAAACGGGGUCAGGUAAAUCUACAUGUGUUCCGAGAUUUUUACUAGAAGAUAUUUUAAAAAAAAAUAAAAAAAAAAUAAAUAUUAUUGUAACUGAGCCAAGAAGAAUUGCUUGUAUAGCUUUAUCAAAAAUAUUAUCAGAACUGACUAAUGAAAAGUUAGGUGGUAAGAUAGGAUAUAGAAUAUCAGGUGAAUCUUUAUAUGACCCCGAGAAAACUGUUAUCACAUAUAUAACUAUAGGGUAUUUAUUUAAACUAUUUUUGCAUCAUAAAAAUAUAUACAAAAGGUUUACACAUGUAAUUAUUGAUGAAAUACAUGAUCGAAGUAUACUCUUAGAUAUUGUAUUAUUAUUUAUAAAAUUAUAUUUACAUAAUAAGGAUAAGGAGGAGCACAUGUUUAAAUUAAUUAUUAUGUCAGCAACUAUGCAGAGAGAUUUAUUUUAUUCCUACUUCCAGCAUGAUAAUAUAAAGAUGGAUAGCAUAUUUAUAGGUACGAAAAUUUAUAAUAUAGAUACAUUUUACAUAGAAGAUAUUAUAGAAUACGCAAGGAAGGGCAUGAGCAAUGCUAGUGUUGCAAGCAGCAGUGGUGGUGAUGGAAGUGGUAACGGCAUUGUUGAUGAUACAGAAGACACGAAGACGGAGCAUGUGCACGAAAGAGUAAUAGAGUACAUCCUUAGAAAAAAGAAUUAUACAAAGCUGGAGCUGUCGAAAAAUUCAGAAAUGUUGUUAUACAAAAUAAAAAAUGAAUAUGAUAAGAAUAUACACAUGUUUAAUAAUAAAAAUUUGAUUCAUUCAGAGAACAGAGAUUUAGAUGUAGAUGAAAUAAUUCCAGCGAAUGUUUUUUCAAAUAUAUCUACGCUUUGUUUAGACUUAGUAUACAAUUUAUGUUUAAAGGGGGAUAGCGUUUUAAUAUUCCUGUCUGGUAUGCAAGAUAUAACGGACAUGUAUCAUCAAUUAAGUAUGACUAUAAAUAAUGGAGGUCAUAAUUAUAAUGUUAAAUUCCAUAUUCAUAUGUUACAUAGUUGUUUAUAUGAUAAUACUAUUAGUAAAUUAAAAGGAAAUGACUCUGAUAUCAAGAUUUUUUUAUCCUCAAAUAUUGCCGAGAGUUCUAUUACUAUUCCUAAUGUAAGACUAGUUAUUGAUUUUUGUAUUCAAAAAAAUAUUGAAUAUAAUACGAAAAAAAAAGCGCAUAUUUUAGUGAAAAAAUGGAUAAACAAAUCUUCCAUGGAACAAAGGAAAGGUAGGUGUGGUAGAACUUGUCAUGGUAUAUGCAUUAGAAUGAUCAGUAAGCACUUUUUAAACUUAUUAAGGGACCACAAGUUAUCGGAAAUAUAUACGCACAGUUUGCACUUGUUAUAUUUGUAUAUUUUGAAGAGCAUGCCAGUGUUAAAUACUCUAUUGGGAAGAAGAGGUCAGUGUAUUAGCGAAAGGGAUGGUGAAACUGCUAUUAGCACUAGUGCUGUAUUUAGUAGCGGAACCACUGAGAAUGGGAGGAUGAUGAAUGAGAAAGGAAUGAAGAACAGGCUAAAUAUAUAUCACGUUCUGGGUAUGAUUAUAGAAAAACCAUCUAGGGAAAAAAUCAAAAAUACUAGAUACGAAUUAGAACAAAUGAAGGCCAUUAUAAAAAUAAAAGAUAAAAUAAUUAUUUCAAUUAUUGGACAAAUAAUGAUACGAUUUAAUUUAAGUUUUAACUUAUGUAAAUUACUAUUAUAUGGAGUUAUAUUAGACUUAACAUUUGAUACUAUAAUAAUUAUUAGUAUAUUAAAUACAAAUGAUAUAUUCCCUACAUUUAAUUUAUAUUCCUCUAGAAAUAUUUAUUCAUAUGGUGUAUUCUUAGAAUUAUUAUUAAAACAAAAAGAAUAUUUUGAUGGAAAAACAUAUUCAGAACCAAUCAUGUUAAGAAAUGUUUUUAUAGAAUGGUUAUGCAUAUUUUUACUUUACAUUCAAGAGUUAAGAAAGAAAAACAAAUUUAAUAAAAACGAUUUGAAAAAUUAUUACAUUCAUACAUGUUCCAUCAUGAAUAAAAAAAAUUAUAUAAAUGUGAAGAAAUUACUAUGUGUAAUCAAUAGCGUCGAAAAUAUGUGUAGAAAAAUGCUUAAAAUAGUUAGCUAUGGCAGCAAUGCGUAUAGGUCCACCCGCUAUUUGUUGAAUUUGCUAAGGGGGGAAAUAGGGAAGGUUAGAAGUGAUCAGAGAGGGAUUAAUGGCCUAGACGAAAAUCAUAAUGUGAGCAGUGUAAAUAGGAUGAGAGAGAAGGAGAAGGAGAAGGAGGAGGAUGUAAAUAUGUGGAGUAGUGGUAACAUGGGGGAUGAUGUGAAUGAGGGAAAUGUCUUUCGUAUAGUAAGCAAGUACGCGCAUUAUGAUCACCACACGAAUGAAAAUCUUUACUUGAAGUUUUUAUUCGCCUUAGCUUUUUCCCCUCUCUUUAUACACGGUACCCCUAAUCUAUCACUUAAAGACAUGAAUGAGGGAAAAAAGAAGAGCAAAAAGUUAUUGAGUGUGUUAAAUUUUAUGACUGAAAGGAGGUUAAAUACGAAAGACUGCAUAUAUUUUAGCGGUGUAAACAUAUUCGACAUAAAUAUUUUGAAAAGGGGGUUAUAUAUCAUGUGUCCAUACUUAUCGCUCGAUGUUUAUCACAAUAGAGGUAUGUACAUCGUUCAUUUUAACAACAAGGGUGUGAACAGUUACCUGAACGGGUUAAGAAGUUGCCAUAGAGGCAGUUAUCAAAGUGGAAACCGAAGCAGCAAUGCAGAUAUCCAUGCGAAUUACCCUGUUUGCACACAUGACUACAUGGACAGUCAAAGAUAUGAAGACACGGGUGGUAAUCUCUACGUUGUCCAUGAUGAUUACCGAAACAACGGUACUGCUACUAUUACUACGACUACGACUAAUACUUCUAGUACUAUUACUACUAGCACUGCCACCUCUCCCCUGUUAAUGAAAAAUCUUCACAUAAAUGGAAACAGUGCAAAUGGUUCGUAUCAUACCCUAAAUAGAAUGAUUAAAAAUGGUAACAACAACCAGUUUGCUCUAAAUGAAUUUAACAGCUUUUCUUCAAAUGGGAUAAAUAUGAAACAGUGCACAGAAAUAAUAGAAAUGAUUAGAGCUGAACUGAUUUACAUGUAUAAUAAUAAUGUCGAAAGAAAUAUUUUUACAAAUUUUUAUAAUAACAUUCUAAACCUAAUACUAGACGUGCAUGCAUAUGUGCCAGUGUGCAUAAAUAAAAAAGAUGAAAUUAAUAAUGUGUUUUUAUGUACAAGUAUUAUUAACAUGUUUUCAAAUGGGAGAUGGUCCUUCCCCAUGCCACUGUAUAACAGUAGCGGUAGAAGUAAUAGUAGUAGUGUUCGUGGUGGUAAAGGCAUAAACGAUGUGAAUGACUAUUUCGUUCAUAAGUACGAACUGAAGAAGCCGAAGCAUUUGUUUCUAGUCAAGUGGCUUCUUCUAGACAAAGAUAACUACAAAAUAAAAAAGGGAAAAAAUGGAAAAAAUGGAAAACAGGGUGGUGGUAAUAGUAAUAGUAGUAGGGGAAAAGGCUUAGAGAAGUGCGAAAAAGAGGCCAUGAUGGACAGUGCGCAAGAUGGCAGUAGUAGCAGAAGCAGCAGUAGUAGUAGUAGAAAUGGGAGAGAUGCCGCUGAUACCUCUAAUCGCAGUGAUAAAGAAGGAAGUUGUAACUCCCCAGGGGAAGUGAAAAACAGCUCCAACAACAACAACAACAACAACAACAACAACAACAACAAUAACAACAACAAUAACAACAAUAACAACAACAAUAACAACAAUAACCCGUAUAGAAAAACAGAUGAUCCUAUCGUGGACGACGUAAAGGUUGAGGAGGAGAGGGAUGACAAAGGCGGAUCAAGCAGCACGUACAGCACAUUGAACAAAAAAAGCAAACAAAAAAAAUUAAAGUGCAAUUUGAAUUUUAGGUCAGUACUUGGUUUUUUAUCUCUAUGUCCAUUUAGUUAUGACCCGAAAAAAAAUAUAUAUGAAAAUCAGGCAUCUGAAAUUUUUGCUGUUUGUGCAAGUAUUGAUUACAAUUGUGCUAAUAUCUCAUAUACAUGGGUAAAUUACGCUACAGUUAUUCCAAUGGCUUAUUUUCUUACCUUCUUUUUAACAUCCUUACCAUUUCAUGAUAAUAUAAUUUUUCAAACGAGUACAAAUUUACUUGGGUGUGAUAUACUAUCAGUGAAAAUCUUUGAUUCAAAAGAAAUAAUUUUUAUUAACACGAAAAACAAUAAAUCCAAGUUGAAGUCCAAGACAUAUCCCGGUGGUAGUAAUACCAGCUCAGAAGCCAUAGGCGAUAAUGUAAGGGGUGCUCGUGUUAAUAAGUUUGACUUACUGCGGAUUAAUUAUGUGAGAUAUUGUCUUUCGAAAAUUUUACUCACACUUACCUUGUCGUAUAACAACCAUGAUGAGAACAAAAAGAAGCAGCAGGAACAUCAGAAGCAACAUCACCUGCUGGAGUUGCCUCUACCGUUAUCACAGUUGAGUAACUAUGACAACAUACCUCUAUUUGUGAAGGAUAAAAACAGGGAUGAGAUGUCCGAAUGGACAGAAGGCAGAAAUGUGGAGGAGGAAGGAAAUCCGUAUGAACGUAGUACUAUAAUAGAGCACCAGAAGAAGGGAGAGAAGAAGCAAAUGGAGGAAAACGAGACGGAAGAAGAGGAAGGAGGAGGGGGCUAUUUCAGUGAGGACGAUGUCAUGAGUGAUAUUGAAGAAAAUAAUGUAUUGAGGGAAAAUUUAUAUUUAAAAAAGAUUGUUCAUAAUAUGAUAAAUGAAAAUAAUAGUGAAAAAAUUAAUUAUAAUGAUUAUUCUGUUGAAAAUAAUACUAAUAAUAACUUUGAUGAUGACAGAAUAUUUGAUAUGUCCAUUUUAUGUGAGGAUGAAAAUUUGGAAAUUUUAAAUAAUAAAUGGAAUAAUUACAAAGGAGAAAGACUAAUUAAAGCAUACAGUUACCUGUACAACGUUUUAACAAGAAAAAAAGAUUCUUUUUAUGAAUCUAAAGAUAUUAAAGAAAAGUCUUUAAACUCUUUUGAAGCUGUAAAAAACUGUUAUAUGAAUAACAAUUUUGUGGUUCAAGUUACAAAUGGAAUGAAUGCAUAUACUAAUUCUGAUUCUGAGGACUAUAUUUUCUUUCAGCCUGUUAAUAUCUCGGCGAUUCGGAACGCAAAUUUUCAGUUGAGGUCUAUGUAUUACAGGGAAUGUUCUCCCGACUUGUCGUACAACCAAGCAGGGAGGAAAAGCGGCUAG